AUGAGCAUACUUGCACCACCGCCCAAAUCCCGACUCGGUCGUUACCGGCUCCUUGCGCCCACGGCGGCGGUCAAGGUAAGUCCAUUAUGCUUGGGAGCAAUGAACUUUGGGGAUAAAUGGGAAGCGAGACUCGGGAAAUGUGAUAAAGAGACAUCCUUCAAGAUCAUGGAUACAUUCUAUGAUAACGGGGGCAAUUUUAUCGAUACUGCUAGCAAUUACCAAAACGGAGAGAAUGAAAUCUGGAUCGGCGAAUGGAUGGAAAAGCGCGGAAUCCGGGACGAAAUUGUUCUGGCGACGAAGUAUUCCUCGCCGUGGCGCAGGCACAACGAAAAUGAGCUGCAGGCCAAUUACGUCGGAAACAAUGCGAAGAGCUUGAAGAUUUCUGUGGAGGCGAGCCUGAAGAAGUUGAAGACCGAUUAUAUCGAUCUACUUUACGUACACUGGUGGGACUUUAGCACCUCCGUCGAAGAGGUCAUGAACUCCCUUAACCAGCUAGUCACUGCUGGAAAGGUCCUCUACCUGGGUGUCAGUGACACCCCAGCCUGGAUCGUGAGCAAAGCAAACCAAUACGCACGCGACCAUGCCCUCCGCCCCUUCUCGGUCUACCAAGGCCAAUGGAACGCCGCCCGCCGCGACUUCGAACGCGAAAUAAUCCCCAUGUGUACAGCAGAAGGCAUGGGUAUCUGUCCCUGGGGCGCAAUCGGCGGUGGUGCCUUCAAAACAACAGCUCAUCGCGAGGAACUCGACAAGAACGGGAACCCAGGUCGACAAGUCGAGGUUCGAGAGAUUGAUACCAAAGUCUCGAAGGUUCUGGAGAAGAUUGCGACACGCCAUAACAGCAUCAUUACGGGCGUGGCGCUCUCUUACCUCAUGCAUAAGUUUCCUUAUGUCUACCCAAUUGUUGGGGGGCGGAAGGUUGAGCAUCUUGAGGGGAAUAUCGAUGCUUUGAGGUUGCAGCUUUCGGGGGAGGAGAUUGAUGAGAUUGAGGGUGCUUAUGAGUUCGACUUCGGGUUUCCGAUGAAUUUCCUUUUCAAGAGUGAGAAGAAGGAGGCGCAUCCGGGAUAUUCUCAUUGGAUGAAUAUGGCUGCUAGGUUUGAUUAUCCUGAUCUUGUGAGGCCUCCUGCUACGAAAUCGGUGGACGAGUAG